UGCUCAAAAUAUAGGGUUACGAUUUCUUUUCACUUACUCUUAAUGGAAAAAUUAGGGUUUAGUAUUGAUUCUCUGAGGAAGAAUGCGUUUUCCGUUGUGUUCCUUAUUGCUAGAAAUGGAGGAAUCGUUGUUUUUGUGUAGAUCGUGAAGGCCUUAUUUGUGAAUUAUUGCGUUAAGUUUGAUUGCUAGGGUUUAUGAACUAGGAUGUACUGUGGUAUAUGUGAUUUGGUAAUGUUAGGAAUGGUUUUAAUGGCCUUUGAUGGUUGAGCUACUUUGAAUUCUGCCGUUUCUGAAUGCCUGCAAAAUAUUAGAGGAUCGGGCUGAGAAUGUCAGGGAGAGAAAAAUUGCUGUAAACGAAGGAAUCAUUCUUGUUCACUCUUUUCUCAGGAGCUGUAAGUCUGGCAAGUGAAAGAGAAGGAGCGUUCAAAAUUCAGCGACCAAGUUCAGGGGGUGAUUUGCUGCAAGGCAGCAGUGGCGAUUACGGUUCCUUCCCUGUUGCCCGGAGAGUGAAUUCCUCACAUGCAGUCAUGAUGGAUGACAGCAUGGAGGAGGGAAAUCUGGCGGCCUACCAGGAUAGGCCGAGGACUUUUCCAACCAUGCGGAGUAAAACAUAUACACCAUUGAUUUUCCGGAUUUUUAUGGGAAUAAAUGUUCGAGUUUUAUUUGUACUCUUGCUCUUUUGCUUCGGAGCUGUGUUUUAUGUUGGAGCAAGUACCUCGCCAAUUAUUUUGUUUGUCUUUGCGAUCUGCAUCAUCAGCUUCUUGUUUUCCAUUUAUCUCGCCAAAUGGGUUCUUAUGAAGGAUGAAGGACCCCCAGAAAUGGUUCAGAUCUCUGAUGCAAUUCGAGAUGGGGCAGAAGGAUUUUUGAGGACUCAAUAUGGUACCAUUUCCAAGAUGGCAUGCAUACUUGCUGUGGCGAUCCUUUGUAUAUAUUUUUUCCGCAGUACCACACCCCAGCAAGAAACAUCUGGACUUGGAAGGUCCACAUCUGCAUAUGUUACAGUGGCAGCAUUUCUACUUGGAGCCCUAUGUUCAGGUGUUGCAGGAUAUGUGGGAAUGUGGGUUUCUGUGAGGGCAAAUGUUCGGGUUUCCAGUGCUGCUAGACGAUCUGCGAGAGAAGCAUUGCAGAUUGCUGUGCGUGCUGGUGGUCUCUCAUCCAUUGUUGUUGUGGGAAUGGCUGUAAUAGGAGUGGCAAUACUUUAUGCAACAUUCUAUGUCUGUCUAGGGGUAGAUUCUCCAGGUUCAAUGAAAGUGACGGAGUUGCCUCUUCUGUUGGUUGGCUAUGGUUUUGGUGCAUCAUUUGUUGCUCUCUUUGCACAGCUUGGUGGGGGUAUUUACACGAAGGCAGCAGAUGUGGGUGCUGAUCUUGUUGGAAAAGUUGAGCAGGGAAUUCCAGAAGAUGAUCCACGCAAUCCAGCUGUCAUCGCAGAUCUGGUUGGAGACAAUGUAGGUGACUGUGCAGCCCGCGGAGCUGAUCUUUUUGAAAGUAUUGCUGCAGAAGUAAUUAGUGCCAUGAUACUUGGGGGGACAAUGGCUAAGCGGUGUAAGAUUGAAGAUCCAUCUGGAUUUAUUCUCUUUCCGCUCGUGGUUCAUUCGUUUGACCUUGUUGUCUCAUCAGUGGGCAUACUUUCUAUUAGAAGUACACGUGAUGCAAGUGUUAAGACACCAAUGGAGGAUCCAAUGGCAAUACUCCAAAAAGGAUACUCUCUUACAAUAGUUUUGGCUGUUAUAACAUUUGCUGCGUCGACUCGUUGGUUGCUGUAUACCGAACAAGCACCUUCAGCAUGGUUAAACUUUGCCUUGUGCGGUCUUGUGGGAAUCAUCACUGCUUAUGUUUUUGUAUGGAUCACCAAAUAUUAUACUGAUUACAAGCAUGAACCAGUACGAAUGCUGGCUCUUUCAAGUUCAACUGGGCAUGGAACUAAUAUAAUUGCUGGAGUGAGUUUGGGUCUAGAAUCAACAGCCCUUCCAGUCCUUGUUAUUAGUGUGUCCAUAAUAUCAGCUUUUUGGCUGGGCCAUACUUCUGGCCUGGUGGAUGAAAGUGGAGCUCCGACUGGUGGCCUGUUUGGAACAGCUGUUGCCACUAUGGGAAUGUUGAGCACUGCUGCUUAUGUUUUGACAAUGGAUAUGUUUGGUCCAAUUGCUGACAAUGCUGGUGGAAUUGUUGAAAUGAGUCAGCAGCCUGAAAGUGUUCGGGAAAUUACAGAUGUACUGGAUGCUGUCGGGAAUACGACAAAAGCUACCACUAAAGGCUUUGCGAUUGGAUCUGCCGCUCUCGCUUCUUUCCUUCUGUUUAGCGCAUAUAUGGAUGAAGUAGCUUCUUUUGCGCAUACACCUUUCAAACAGGUUGAUAUUGCAAUCCCAGAAGUCUUCGUUGGAGGCCUGUUGGGCUCCAUGCUUAUCUUUUUAUUCAGUGCAUGGGCUUGUUCAGCUGUUGGUCGAACUGCCCAAGAAGUAGUCAAUGAGGUUAGGAGGCAAUUUAUUGAGAGGCCGGGUAUAAUGGAUUAUCAAGAGAAACCUGACUAUGCCCGUUGUGUCGCCAUUGUAGCUUCUGCAUCUCUGAGGGAGAUGAUAAAACCUGGUGCUUUGGCCAUUAUAUCUCCCAUUGUAGUUGGUUUUCUGUUUCGAUUAUUGGGACAGUACACUGGGCAUCCUCUAUUGGGGGCCAAAGUUGUGGCUGCCAUGCUUAUGUUUGCCACAGUAUCUGGAAUUCUCAUGGCUCUUUUCCUUAACACUGCUGGUGGAGCUUGGGAUAAUGCAAAGAAGUUCAUUGAGACAGGUGCGCUAGGAGGCAAAGGAAGUGAUGCUCACAAAGCAGCUAUUACUGGAGACACAGUUGGAGAUCCAUUCAAGGAUACAGCAGGGCCCUCAAUUCAUGUGCUGAUCAAAAUGCUUGCAACCAUAACAUUAGUCAUGGCUCCAGUUUUUCUAUGAUUUUGUAGAAAUAGAUUCUGCUUUCUUUUUACUAUUAAAAUGAAGGCCUUAACCAUUGGGGCAGAUUUUUCUAUGAAGAUGUCCUGUCAUGUAGUUUAGCUGCUACCUAAUCCAUAUCUUGUGAGUGGUGCGGGAUUGAGGAGUCCAGUCCUCCUGCUGCUUAUUUUUCGAUUUGUGCUUUUUUUUUCUCCUAUUUCUCAUUAAAUACCCCGAGAGAAUAAUGUUAGAGAGCCCAUCUGGACCUUUGGUUUUGAAUCACAUGUACCUCACUUCAUAUAAUGGUUGAUUUUUCUUUUAUAGUUCAA